UCGUACGACCUGAUUGUGCAACAACAUGGCCAUGGAGGAAGUUCGGAAUGCUGGGGAUGCGAGAGAAUUGACUUUACGUGGUCCACACAUAAGCAAAGCCAUAGAAGAAAAUGGAUUAGAUGAGAAACUGUUUGAGCUUACUAAUCUGAAUUAUCUUUGUGUAUCUCAAACAUGUCUAAAACAUGUAUCACCCAGGUUAGGAAACCUCGUAAAUCUCACUAACUUGGUAUUGCACCACAACCAAUUGACGGCUUUACCAGAAGAAAUACAAUGCCUGACAAAGUUAAAGUUCCUCGAUUUAUCAAACAAUCAAAUAGAGGAAUUGCCGUUAUCAAUAACAAAACUCGCAAAUCUAGAGUCUCUGAAUGUAAGUGUUAACAAGCUACUUUCAUUUCCCCCAGUUAAUGAAAUGAAAUCUCUUCACAUUUUAAAUAUUUCUCACAACAAUCUAACAGAAUUACCAGAAGGAAUAUUUGAUCCUGAGUUAGUCCAUUUGCACACGAUUAUGGCUGGAAAUAACGAAAUGGAACAUUUGUCACCAACUGUAACUGAUUUGCCUCAUUUACAAACACUGGAUUUGACAAACAACAAAUUGAAAGAAGUGCCAGCUGAACUUAGUGUAUGUCCAAAACUCAAAACACUCAGCCUCACGGGAAACAAAUUCUCAGAUAGAAGAUUCGGGAAGUUGGUAGAGCAAUGUUUGACCAAGGCUGUCAUGGAAUACCUAAAUAAAAAUCUGAAAAAAGAAAAAGGACAAAACCCAGAUAAGAAAGCAAAAGGGAAAAACACAAAACUAACAAAAAAAGACCUUAAGAAGGAAGAAGAUGAUGAUGUGGAAUUUUUGACAGAUGCUUUGAAUGUGUUACACUUUCCAGACAAAGGUGGUUUGGUUGUGUCUGUUACUCCCGCUGUGUUGUCUGUAAGACCAUACAUUGUGUGCUGUAUUGUAAAAAACCUGGACUUUCAAAAGACAUCCAACUCUUUCAAGCAAUUCAUCACCCUUCAGACCAAGCUUCAUGACACUCUGUGCAAUAAACGUCAAGCAGCCACCAUUGCUACUCAUGAUCUGAAGAGUGUGAAAGGUCCACUCAAGUUUGAUGCCCAAUUUCCAUCUCAUCUUAUGAUUAUCCCACUUUCCCGACAGAAGGAAGUUACAGGAGAAAAGUUAGUGGAGGAUCUUCUGAAAGAAGCAGAGGCGUUACGAAAGGAGAAGAAAAGAAGCACAGUGUCUGGUAUUCACAAGUACCUGGACUUGCUGAAAGAUAAGAUCCAGUAUCCCUGUUUACUGGACUCAACUGGAGCUGUCAUUUCCUUCCCCCCGAUAACCAACAGCAAUAAUACCAAGAUAUCCAAGGAAACAACUUCUAUACUGGUUGAGGUCACCAGUUCUACCAAUCUUGAUGUUUGUAAAAAGGUUUGUGAUGAACUGCUAGUCAAAAUGCUAGAGAUGGGCCUGGGAGAAAACUCCACAGGAGAAGAGGCUUCUUCAUCUCCAGCACAGAAGACAUUGACUGUAGAGCAAGUCAAAGUGAACGAUGAGGAGGGAAAUCUCAGAGUUGUCUACCCUUCCAGAACCGACCUUAAUCACCCGGGAAUCAAGGUCAACAGAAAUUAUGAAUAAAUGGAGGGAUUUAUCUGAAAUACAAUUAAAAAACUGAAUAUGUGUAA